GCGCUGAGCUAUUGCCGGGCGGGAUUUCCGCAAUAUCAAGUAUGGCGAAGACUUACGAUUAUUUGUUCAAACUACUUUUAAUUGGAGAUUCCGGAGUCGGGAAAACAUGUGUAUUGUUCAGGUUUUCAGAGGACGCAUUCAACUCCACGUUUAUCUCCACAAUAGGUAUUGAUUUCAAGAUUAGGACUAUAGAGCUUGAUGGGAAGAAGAUAAAGCUGCAGAUAUGGGACACAGCAGGCCAGGAGAGAUUCCGAACAAUCACAACGGCAUACUACAGGGGAGCCAUGGGCAUUAUGUUGGUGUAUGACAUCACCAAUGAAAAGUCCUUUGACAAUAUUAAAAACUGGAUAAGGAACAUUGAAGAGCAUGCAUCAGCGGAUGUGGAGAAGAUGAUCCUUGGCAACAAAUGUGACAUCAAUGACAAACGACAGGUGUCCAAAGACAGAGGCGAGAAGCUGGCGCUGGAGUAUGGCAUUAAGUUCAUGGAGACCAGCGCGAAGGCCAAUAUAAAUGUGGAAAAUGCAUUCCUGACGCUCGCCAGAGACAUCAAAGCAAAAAUGGACACAAAAUUGGAGGGCAACAGUCCACAGGGCAGCAACCACGGGGUGAAGAUCACCACGGACCAAACGCAGAAAAAGACCAGCUUCUUCCGUUGCGUACUCCUGUGAAGCCGUGCCUGCCUGCCCGCCUUAUCGUCCGUUCGCACGCAAGCACACACAUACUCGUACGAGCAGGGCGUCACUGGACUGUGCUCUUCUUCUCAGCACUCCCCAGCCCUACUAUCCUUGUGUUCUGCCCCUGUCUCUUCUUUGUUCUCCCCCCUGCCCCUCCCUGAUCCUACCCCUUUUGUACCCUCUCUGUAUCUCCCUGUCCUUCUUUCUUGGUCUCUCUCUUUCUGUGCUCUCCUAUGGCUCCCCCUUUCCCAACCCCACUGUCUCCUGUCCUACCAGUUGGCCGAUGGAAGUAGUCUAUAUCCAUCUUCUUCCACAAGACGCAUACGCGGGUGACGCCAUCCUCUUCCAGGCUUAUGAUCCUUAGCCGUUAUUGCCGCGCUUCCGACUGGCUUUACCGGGCCUAGGUGAAGAGCCCAGCCGGCCCCCAGGCCGGUGCGAAGCGGUGCUCACGCUAGCUGUCUCUCUCUGGCUCUCGGCGUGCAUCCCUCACUUCAGGGAGAGGAGGCUCACCACUCCUGUUUUGUCCUGUCCGAUCUGAAAAGACCCUCCUUGGAGUUCUUGUCUGAAUAUUCCGCUGCCAAACCCAUGCCAGCCCCACCUUCCUUCUUUUGUCCCCCUCUAUCCUACCACGUGGCAGUGGUGGCUGUUUGGUCUGAGAGUUCUCCCAGGGUCAGGAUCAGGCUGUAUAGUGCAAGCCGUUGCUGAGUUGCCCUGAGCACUAUAAUCUAGGAAGCUUCUAUUCUCCAUUCCAUUCUGUUCUCUUUUCUAUAUUUUUCCUUCUCCUUCUUCAUCUCCAUGCAUUCCGUGACAAUCACUUGACUUAACUUUUAAAAAUAGGAAUUUGGUAGCGGGCCACAUACUGUCUGGUCAUGGCUCCUCUCUUGUUUGUGAGAGGUUUUUUGUUUGUUUGUUUUCUUCACGAUUCUUUUUGUAUUUUAUAACUACCUGAACUUUUUCCCUCUUCCACAAUUCCCCUCUCCGGACAUUCAAUCGUAAAUGGCGUAUUCGUCUGCAGGCAUUCCACCUAACUAACGUUGUUUACCUGUUCAUCCUAUUGAGAUUUUUUUUCUCAGUGAGAAUUUGUGCACAACUUGUAUGUUACUUGUAGGUUAGGCAUAUCUGAUUUUCUCUUUUUUUCCCCCCACCCCUCAAGUUUGUUGUUCCACGAAUUUCCCAAAUAUUUGUCUUUCUACUACUGCCCUUACAUAUGGCCCCAAAUGUCAUUUGCUCAUAGGAGUGCCCCUCUCAGUUGGACUACUAAAGAGGGUAGACUGUCAGUGUGUGCCCAGCACAUAACCUUAGCUCAUUGCUGCCAUUUUAUCCAAAAAAAAGAAAAAGACCUCAGUCGGGACUUGUCUCAAUGAAGAUCUGAGAGGUUGUAGCAACCCACCCAACUCGGCCCAACUCUUUUACCCCUUGUUAGUAAUUGUAUACAUUUAGUCAAUCUGGUCCCAGCCAGUAGCAUACAGACACAGACUUGUUGUAGGAUACGUCAUGUGUUUCUGUCUGCCUCCAGCAAUAUCUCAAUUGGAGAGGAAAAUCGUCUGCCUACCCACUGUCCAAUGCACUUUACGAGUGACCUUGGUGUUGUGAGUAGUCUUGUGCUGAGUGGUAGUGUAUUUGCAUAAUGCAAUUAGUCUUUUUCUUAAAAAAAAAAACAUAAAUAAAAUCAAUAUUGUCUCUUGGGUAUAAAAAAAAUAUGUUCAAAUGUAUGUGGACCUAACGACGAUGUUUUUAAUGACUUAAUUUGACAUUUAUUUUUUAUCUCAAAGACAUAUGUAUAUGAAUGCUUACUGUUUUGGUUGAUGCAGUUUCUGAAAUGUCGCCUGCAAUAACACUUAAGUAUUAACUCACAAACGCAACAGACACCAGGAGGGUCAAAGCACAGUAGAUGUCACCCUGUUUUCAUUCAGACUGCCGCCAUAGAGAGAUCUUGGCUCUUCGUAGUUGUGCUGUGUGAUCAGGAGGCAAGCCACCUUGUGAGUGAUGGUUGUAUUGUUUUUGAUAGGGGGGGAGCUAGCCAGAGCUCUUUGUGGCUUUUGUGUGUGUGUGUGUGUGUGUGUGUGUGUGUGUGUGUGUGUGUGUGUGUGUGUGUGUGUGUGUGUGUGUGUGUGUGUGUGUGUGUGUGUGUCUGUCUGUGUGUGUGUGUGAAUGGGAAUGGGUUGCCUAUAUCUCCUCUACUGUGUUGCGGUAGUGUACGUAAGCAUGUUGGCCUCGGGUUGUCUGCAUGGUGGAGGAGAGUGAAGGGUGCAGAGCUAUGCUCUGAUGUGUCAUCAGGAUGUGAUGUGGCCCAGAGCUAGGCCGUUCCCAGCUGUGCAGCAAGGAGAAGGUGAACCUCUGGCCAUACGCCACCAGGCUGUGGUGCCAUGUGGUCAGUUGUGGUACUGUCAUCAGCUGUGAAGAGUGUUUGUAAGGAAAGGGAAAGAUGUGAAGUGUUAGUAUGGGAAAAGGUAGCCUUUUUAGGUCCUUUACACACCGUCAACUGUCAAGCUUGAGCUGUCGGAGCUGUGCUGUGUGCGCCCUGACGAGCCGCUGUCUGUCGCUUCCUCUGAGUGGGAGGACGCGCCCUUGCCGUGUGGGCUGGAGAUGGUGUGGCCUCUUCUGGUUUCCUUUUCAGUCACAUGCAGGCACUUCCUUGCCUGUGUCAGCUUGGGGUGCUGUGCUGUAUUUGGGCGUUGCUGCUCCCUCGGCUUUGCAUCCCAAGGAAUUCUCUGUGAUAUCUGUUCCUUUUAGCUGUGCAUUUGGUUGGAGCCAACUUUCUUGCAGGGUGUCAGAAAGACUUAAAAUAUAUAUAUAUUGUCAAUAUUUUGUAGCCUCUAGUGCUUGAUACCCAUAGGUGGUUUCGCACUCAAGGUCUUUGACUGUAGCUGACAUCUUUCUCCAUCAUUGAUAAGGAUGAUCUAUGUCAGACUGCAGCUUAAGCUUUGUCUUUUUUAUUUGGUGCAAACAGCUAACCGGUUGCAAAAAAAGAAAAGGCUCCUCCUUUUCAUCAUUGACAAUGUCUUACUGUGAGGCUGCAACCAGCAGGAUAAUGUGUUGAGUUUCCUCCAAACCUUGACAUUUCAACAUCUUGUCAUCACACCAGCACACUUGCAUCUUACUUCGCAUCUUCCUGGUCCACUCGGUCUGGCACGCCCAUUUACCAUAUUGGGUUUUUAGACAGUUUUUCCCCCUUUUCUGUUUGUUUCCCAAAGUGAAAGCCAAGCAGGGUAGACUUAUUUGGUUUUGGGAAGUCUGUGUGUGAGCAGUGAUGAACUGCAUGGGAUGUUAGGUGAGCAAAAGGGGGGUUCAGGGUGUGUCCCUGGCCUCGACCUUGGCUCCUUGUUUGGAGGUUGAAAGCAUUCCGUUAGAAACAAAACAAACAAAUGAAGAACAGUGUUCUGUAUGUUGAUGCAAUGAGAUGUUUGUCUGUGUGUGUGCGUGUGUGUGGUUUUGUCUUUGUUUUUGUUUUGGUUAUUUUUUUAUGCUUUUUUCCCCAGUUUCCCAGGUUUUAAGUUAGACCGUUCUCUUCCGUUUUUGAGGUCUUUUUGCCUGGGUGUGGAGCAGUUUGCCUAUCAAAAACAGUGUACUGGCUUCCCGUUUCAAUUCAUCAAUUUAUUUUUGCCCAAAGAGAUCAAAUGAUCACUUCCCUCUCCUCCCACCGGUACCUUUUAUUGAAAGUGAUUAUUAUUAUUAUUAUUAUUGGGUGCUUUUUCUAGUGUCCAUAUCUGCCACUCUGUUUUGAGUCAGUUAAUUGAUCUCAGAUCUGCAUGCGUUCACAGCCGAACCCUUUGUCUUAAUUGCUAAUACUUGAUCUCUUUUCAUUUUGAAACUAUGCAUCAUGAAGGUUCAUAUUGACAACCUUUAACAACACACUUUUAUUAAUGACCUUGUGGUUUUGUUUCUUUUUAAUAAUUUUGAAAACGGCAUCAGUCAUUUCUGUAUUUUUUGAUUUGGUCUAUACUUUCCCCCCCAUUUCUCAAAUCUCUGUGCAAUGUUUUUUUUUUUUUUUUUUCCCUCUGCAAAUACUUAAAUACACCCACCUCACCUGUUUGGCUGUAUGUAGUUCGGUGCAAAAAGGAUGUCUUCCAUGCUUGUACUGACCUGUGGCUGCCUUGAUGAGGGCUGUUGGUCAGUCAUUGUUUUAUGGUCUCAGGAGAGUGCCAUAGUCACCCCCACCCGCAGCCGAUCAUGGAACUAAGGGGAGUAUUUCAAGAAACUGGCUUAGCAGUAUAGCAGGUUAACUUAACCUUGAGGUAGUGGUAAAUCAUCUAAUAGAAGACCCUGGAGACUAAAUUACAUCUGUGAUCUAUCUUUUAGCAGGUUUACCACUUUCUGUUGGUAAACCUAGCCAGGUUUAGCACUUAGCCAUGUUCAUGUAACCCCCCCAAGGUAGUACUGCACGCCACCACUCAAAUCGUGCCCUCACACUUCUCCCAAUAGGUUUUCGGCUCUUACUGUUUUUGUUUUUUGUUUUUUUUCUUUCUUUCUUUCUUGCAUUGCUGUCUAAUUCAUAUCAUAUACCAGUUCUCUCUUGUUUUUGUUUUAUGUUUUCAAGGACUGUUUUCAUGUAUCUGUUGAUUUUAGAGGUAUAUGGGGAGAAAAAAAAAUUAAGUUACCUUUUGGAAAAAAAAUUGUAAAUAACACUCUAAAAAGAGAUCUACGUAAAAACAAACAAAACAAAAAAAAUGUACUGUACUUUCUAAAAUCAUAUGAAAAUUGAUCUACAGUUUUGUAGAUAUCUGUACUUUUGAUUUAUUAAAAUAAGACUUUUAAAGAAAA